GAAAAAGUGACGAACCUGCUGGCGCAGAUUCAGAACCUGACAGAGAUGCUGAACGGGACAAAAGCAGGCACCGUCCUCUUCAACGAGACGCUGGUAACUGCAGUCGGCUCAAUCAAAGUGGUCGCACUGACCGCCCCAGACAACCCGAACGAGUCUGCGUCCGUUAGUGCCCCAGGCGCGAGCACACACAUCAAGCUGCCAGCUUCGGUCCUAGGAAAAGCGCAGGAUGCAGAAACUGGUAUCGCGCUGCUCUCCGUCACUUCCGUGGCUGCCAACACCACCAAUGCUUUCGACAACUUGACCAGCCCCUCCGAGGAUGAACUAGGCCAAAAACAAAAGACAGAGCUCCAGUCGGAGAUCAUCAUCAGCGUCAAUCUGCGGGAUAGUGACGGAGAGAGCUUGAACCUGGACAAGCUCGAAGAGCCCAUAGAGCUCAUUUUCGACAUCGCGGUCAACACGUCUGAUUCCAUGAGAUGUGCAUUCUGGGACGAGGAGGAAUUACGUUGGAGUUCAGAAGGUGUGAUCACUGCCAGCAGCAGCCAUCCUGACCAGGUACGGUGCCUCACAACCCACUUGUCAAUCUUUGGAGUUGUCCGUUACGUGGCAUUGCUCACGGACAUCGGGAU